GGGGAGGGCGGAGAGGGUCAGCAGCUGGGCUGCGACCGUUGACGAGGGGCUCAAGGUGUCCAUGUGUGAGGGGAGGUGGGGGAGAGAAGGGUGCUUCAGAGGUGACAUUCAGCCUGCGAGCCUUCUUCCUGGGGCGCCAUAAACGCCCCCAAUUUCCCAGCUGCUAAAGGAAGAGGAAGAAGAUCUUAGUAAAGCAAUGUCUCAGGAUGGUGCUUCCCAGUUCCAAGAAGUCAUUAGACAAGAGCUAGAAUUAUCUGUGAAGAAGGAACUAGAAAAAAUACUUACCACAGCACCAUCACAUGAGUUUGAGCACACUAAAAAAGACCUUGAUGGAUUUCGGAAGCUAUUUCAUAGAUUUUUGCAAGAAAAGGGACCUUCUGUGGAUUGGGGAAAAAUCCAGAGACCUCCGGAAGAUUCAAUUCAACCUUAUGAAAAGAUAAAGGCCAGGGGCUUACCUGAUAAUAUAUCUUCUGUGCUGAACAAGCUGGUGGUGGUGAAACUCAAUGGCGGUUUGGGAACCAGCAUGGGCUGCAAAGGCCCGAAAAGUCUGAUUGGUGUGAGGAAUGAGAAUACCUUUCUGGAUCUGACCGUUCAGCAAAUUGAACACUUGAACAAAUCCUACAAUACCGAUGUUCCUCUUGUUCUAAUGAACUCUUUUAACACGGAUGAAGAUACAAAAAAAAUACUACAGAAGUACAAUCAUUGUCGUGUGAAAAUCUACACUUUUAAUCAAAGCAGGUACCCAAGGAUUAAUAAAGAAUCUUUACUGCCUGUAGCAAAGGAUGUAUCGUACUCAGGGGAAAAUACAGAAGCUUGGUACCCUCCAGGUCAUGGUGAUAUUUACGCCAGUUUCUACAACUCUGGUUUGCUCGAUACCUUUAUAGAAGAAGGCAAAGAGUAUAUUUUUGUGUCAAACAUAGAUAAUUUGGGUGCCACAGUGGAUCUUUAUAUUCUUAAUCAUCUAAUGAACCCACCCAAUGGAAAACCCUGCGAAUUUGUCAUGGAAGUCACAAACAAAACACGUGCAGAUGUAAAGGGUGGGACACUUACUCAGUAUGAAGGCAAACUGAGACUAGUGGAAAUUGCUCAAGUGCCAAAAGCACACGUUGAUGAGUUCAAGUCUGUAUCAAAAUUCAAAAUAUUUAACACAAACAAUCUAUGGAUCUCUCUUGCAGCAGUUAAAAGACUGCAGGAGCGGAAUGCUAUUGACAUGGAAAUCAUUGUGAAUCCAAAGACUUUGGAUGGAGGCCUGAACGUUAUUCAGUUAGAAACUGCCGUAGGGGCUGCCAUUAAAAGUUUCGAGAACUCUCUAGGUAUUAAUGUUCCUAGGAGCCGUUUUCUGCCUGUCAAAACUACGUCAGAUCUCUUGCUUGUGAUGUCAAACCUCUAUAGCCUUAAUGCAGGAUCUUUGACAAUGAGUGAAAAGAGGGAAUUUCCUACAGUGCCCUUGGUUAAAUUAGGCAGUUCUUUUACAAAGGUUCAGGAUUAUCUAAGGAGAUUUGAAAGUAUACCAGAUAUGCUUGAAUUGGAUCACCUCACAGUUUCAGGAGAUGUGACAUUUGGCAAGCAUGUUUCAUUAAAGGGAACAGUUAUCAUCAUCGCAAACCAUGGUGACCGAAUUGACAUCCCACCUGGAGCAGUAUUAGAAAACAAGAUUGUAUCUGGGAACCUUCGUAUCUUGGACCACUGAAAUGAAAAAUACUGUGUACACUUUAUACCAAUUAUGGGCUAAAUAGUUUCCUACAAUGAAAUAUACUCUAGGAUUCUAAAAUAGGCAGGUACUUUACUAUGUUACUGUACCCUGCAGUGUUAAUUUUUAAAAUAGAGUUUUCUGCAGUAUGCUUUUAGUCUAAGAAAAGCACAGAUGGAAGCAAUACUUUCUUCUUUGAAGAGGAUCCUACAAGUUAGUUCAUCUUAAAGUGCAAUAUUGUUUAAUCUUAAAACUGGGGCAAGCUCUGCUGGAAAAUCUUUUAACAGAGGCCUCAAUGAUGGUCACUUUGACUUGCUUGUGAUUUCAAAAAUAAAGCUGUUAAGCAAUACAUGUGUACA